CAAGGUUAUUACCGCAGCCCACCAUCUCCUCCACCUCCCCAGCCCAGAUACCAUUCCCUCCACCUCCUCUAUAAACCAUCGCAUGCACCAGGCAAGGACACUCACAGAGGCAAACGCUCCAGCAGCGCAAAGCAAAGCAUUUUCCCAAGCUUGCCGUACGUGCACUGCACUCUCCUUCUCGCUGUUAUAAGUUGUUGGCGGAGUCGGCGGCCAUGUCUGUGUCGUCGGCGCUGUCGUCGUUCCUGUACGGCUGCUUCAACCCGGCGGGCGGGCGGUACCACCACCACCGCGCGGGGGCCUACUACCACAGCAGCCACCCCACGAGCGCCGACACCCUGUACUACAACCAGGGCGGGUUCGCCGGCGGCCGCAGGAUGGGCCGGAGCAGCCGGCCGCUGUCCCUGCAGACGGUGGAGCUGAAGGUGCGGAUGUGCUGCUCGGGGUGCGCGCGGGUGGUGAAGCACGCGCUGACGAAGCUGCGCGGGGUGGACAGCGUGGAGGUGGAGGUGGAGAUGGAGAAGGUGACGGUGACCGGGUACGUGGAGCGGCACCGGGUGCUCAAGGAGGUGCGGCGCGCCGGGAAGAAGGCCGAGUUCUGGCCCAACCCGGACCAGCCGCUGCACUUCACCACCGCCAAGGACUACUUCCACGACCAGGAGUCGUUCCGCCCCAGCUACAACUACUACCGCCACGGCUACAACGGCGACAAGCACGGCCACCUCCCCGAGCCCCACCGCGGCUCCGACCCCGUCAGCAACAUGUUCAACGACGACGACGUCAACGCCUGCUCCAUCAUGUAACCAAAUCAUCAUUCUGUCGUCGUCGUCGUCCUCCUCCUCCUCUCGAGGUCGUCUAGCGCUCGGCGCCGGCCGGGCCGGGGAAGAUAGACAAGUGGGAUGCCUGCUCUCUGCUCCUGUAAAGCUAGCGUUGUGGUAUGGACGAUGGAAAUGGAAUGAUCAGUGGUGCCCUCCACGGGCUACACAACGUA